AUGUCCUCGAUCGUAGCCCGUUCCGCCUUCCGCGCCGCCCCGCGCCUGCGCGUCUCCGCCGUCCCCCGCCGCUGGGCCAGUCAAGCCGGCCAUGAAGAGAGGGCCGCCGGCAAGGAGGCGCUCAAGGCCGGAGCGAAGCGCGACCCUGAACUCUACGUGCUGUUUGCCAUCAUGAGCGGCGUCUUUGGCCUUGCGGGGUGGCAUUUCUCCCGUUCGCCCACCAGCGCUUCCUCCGAGCGAACCGUGGCCAAGGCUGAUGACAGUGAGCCCUGGAAGCAGGGUGGCUCCAGCCCGUACCAGUACCACCCUGGCGGUGACACCAGCAUUAAGAAGGACGCUCCUUCCGCAUUGAACGUCGUCAUCAUCCCCAACGUGACGCUCCCCAAGGAGCUUCACGAGGCCUACAACAAGUGGGGUAAGGAUGGAUACUGAGUUUCCCGUGGCUGGCCAAAACCCAACCCCCUCAUGCUCGUCCAAACACAUUAUAUCACACAUCACUGAACUCCCCGUUUCAACUUCUCUUUCUUUGGUAGAUACAUCAAGCUGCGACAAUGGAAGAUGCUGUCAAUCGCUGCAAAUUCGACAUUAAAUGCAAUUCAUAUCAAAACCUCUUCACAACCAUGGAUACUCUUCACACUAUGAACUUGUCGACCGU